AAGAAACACCAUAGGUAGAGAAUCUCACAACAAAUGACAUCUACAGUUGAUGAUCAGUACUACUUUCUUAGCUUCUUCAUCUUAUUAUAGUAGAAACAAUACAAAUAAAUCCAUCAAAAGUUAAAACUUUACUCUCUAUUUACACCUUGCACUCUCUUUUUUUCUCCUCAUCACAAAUAAUAAUAAUAUUAUGACUCCUGAAGACUCUUUAAGAACUCUUUCUUUAGAUUAUCUAAAUCUCCUCAUCAAUGGUCAAGCUUUUAGUGAUGUUACUUUUUGUGUUGAAGGUCGUUUAGUACAUGCUCAUAGAUGCAUCUUAGCUGCAAGGAGUCUCUUCUUUCGAAAAUUCUUCUGUGGUCCAGAGUCGCCUGUAGGCGGCUCCAGUCCACGGUUGGGCCCCAGGGGCCCAACAGUUGCUACCGGUGGUUCACAGGUGAUACCUGUGAACACGGUAGGGUACGAGGUAUUCUUGUUGAUGUUGCAGUUUUUGUAUAGUGGACAAGUUUCAAUUGUGCCACAAAAACAUGAACCUAGGCCUAAUUGUGGUGAAAGAAGUUGUUGGCAUACACAUUGUACAGCAGCAGUUGAUCUUGCCCUUGAUACACUCACAGCCGCAAGAUCUUUUGGUGUUGAACAGCUUGCUUUGCUCACUCAGAAGCAUUUGGUAAGCAUUGUGGAGAAAGCUUCAAUUGAGGAUGUGAUGAAAGUUUUAAUAGCUUCAAGAAAACAAGACAUGCAUCAACUUUGGACAACUUGUUCUCAUUUGAUUGCAAAAUCAGGCCUCCCACCAGAAAUCUUAGCCAAACAUCUACCUAUUGAUGUCGUAGCUAAAAUUGAAGAUCUACGUCUCAAAUCCUCGAUGGCACGAAGAUCCUCGAUCCCUCAUCACCAUCACCACCAUCACCAGAUGUCCUCGAACAUUGAGCUCGAGGACCAGAAGAUCCGACGAAUGAGACGAGCCCUCGAUUCGUCUGAUGUUGAGCUAGUCAAACUUAUGGUAAUGGGAGAAGGGCUAAACCUUGAUGAGUCCCUUGCAUUACAUUAUGCAGUUGAAAAUUGCAGCCGCGAGGUUGUCAAAGCGCUACUGGAGCUCGGCGCGGCCGAUGUUAAUUACCAGGCUGGGCCGAGCGCUAAGAGCGCGCUACAUUUAGCAGCCGAAAUGGUCUCGCCUGACAUGGUCUCGGUUCUACUAGACCACCAUGCGGACCCUAAUAUACAGACCAUGGAUGGGAUCACACCACUCGAUAUUCUCAGAACCCUAACAUCCGAUUUUUUAUUCAAAGGCGCGAUACCAGGACUAACACACAUCGAGCCAAAUAAGCUGAGACUGUGCCUCGAGCUAGUUCAAUCCGCGGCUAUGGUGAUAUCGCGAGAGGAAGGGGAAGCGAAUAAUAAUUUAUCAUCGGAGAACAUGUAUCCACAACAUGUACGUGAAGAUCAUAGUUCGAGUACAAGCAGUGGAAACAACAAUAUGGGGAACUUGAAUUUGGAUUCAAGAAUGGUGUAUUUAAAUCUUGGUGCAAAUGUAAAUGUUGCUCAAAUGGCAUGCAAAAUGAACAACAACAAUGAAGGUGAACAUGAUUGCAGUAUUAGCCACAAUAAUCAGAAUCCAUCAACAAUGUACCAUCACCACCACCACCAUCAUCGUCAUUCUCAUGAGUAUUAAUUAAUUAAUUUAUUAGCCAUUUUUAUGUUUCAAAAA